AUGUCGCGCUGGCACGAGUCUCACUGCAGAUUGCCAGAUGUAAGCGUAAUCGGCGGGCUUCCUUGCUGUUCGCACUGUUUUGCGAUAUUUCCUGUUGAUGACGUUAAGCCGGACAGUCAGCUACGCGGUCCCCAGAUCCCCUCACACUCUGGCUCGCUACCAUUGAAUCUCUCCUGGCCGCAGUCGGUAAAAUAUCUUGGCGCAACGGCCCCGCGGGGCUUGAAUUCUGGGUCUGCGACGGACUCCAAAGUACAGUCCGAAGAAGACUCAUCGAAAGAUGGCUCAGAGGCAAUUGUUGCCAAGCGUCAGGUCAAGGAGACACAUGGAGAAGACGGGCGGAAAACCGCAAACGAGAGGAGUGCUCCAGGAUAUACGAACCUCAUCUGGUCAGACGAGAUCAGAUUACUUCGGCUGAGCCCUGGUACACCAGGUGAUCCUGUUCACGCAAAUUUUGUCAACAUCCAGCUGGAUCAAGGUCCACCAAUCUUUGAAGCACUCUCCUAUACCUGGGCUGACGAGUCGGGGGAUGCAACCAGAUGCAGACCUAUCUUCAUCGGUCCGUACUGGGAUAUCUAUGUGGCAACGAGGAACUGCGAAAGAGCUCUGUCCAAUAUACGCAGACCUAGGUUGACCCGAGACAUUUGGGUUGAUUCCAUUUGCAUCAACCAGGACGACGAUACAGAGAGGUCAGCACAAGUCAGUCUAAUACCAAGAAUUUACGCAGAAGCAGAGAGCGUCGUGGUGUAUCUUGGAGAGGAAUCUCCGGAGAGCGGUGCAGCUCUCGAAAUCCUGGUAUUACAGGAUCGUGCAAGCAUCUUUUCCGAUCUUGAAGCGUCACGGCUCAAGCAUGACUUAGAACAGCGUACAGCAGCGGAACACACAAAGCAACAACUGGAAGACAUAUUCGGACGACCCUAUUUCAAGAGGCUUUGGGUUGUUCAAGAGCUUAUUCAGGCAAAAUCCGCUGUGAUAUGUUGCGGCACACAAUCAGCACUCUGGCCAUUGAGGGGCCUUGAAAGUCUACGCUCGCUCAUCGACAUACCACGAUGGACUCGGUACAGAAAUUUCCGAAGUAAUAUCACGGAGAUGAACUUUGUUGAACUCAUCGUUGACACGAGGGAUUGCUUGUGCUCGGAUCCACGUGACAAGGUCUUCGCUAUCCUAGACGCCAUGGUUGAAUCAAGGCUUAGGCCUUAUCAGAUCUUCCUGUUCGAGCCACCUCAAAAUUCAAGCGUUGAGAUUGCUUCGGAAGAUGGUUCCCUGCAGGUUUCGGCAAUGAGAAUAUGUCGAAUAUGCGAUCGUUUCAGCACGUCGAAAUCGGCCAAGGGAUCAUAUGCAAGUUUGAGCUCCCCACUGAUCAGCGACUUGAUAGACUACGGCCCAGGAGAAUUUCAUCUAUUUUGUCCUGUGGAAUCGCUUACAGGUUACGAGGUCGUGUUUUGGUUACAUGGCAUCAGCUCUUUCGCAAUCCUGAAAUGCUCGUCUCACCAGUCCCGGUAUUCAUUCGUGUCCUUGUGCAGUCUUGCGCCUAUGAGCCAUGAUCCCCCGAGAACCAAAGAAGGCUAUUUUGCUGUUCGAGACUUCUCGACAACAGAGGAAGAAGUGAUACGCGGAGUGGAUGAGAGCUUAAGACCCGCAGACCAAGCCACAUCGUGGGCGCGGCCAACUUCCUCUGGAAGCUUCAUGUCUACCAUGCAAAGAUUGGCAGAUGCCACUCUAUUCUUCGAGAAUCAAUCACGUGGAGAUAGUCUGCAGAAGAGGUGGCUCACAUUAAGGGAUGAAAUGGAGUGGUAUCUCAGGAGUGAUAGCCACCGCCGGAACUUUGCACUAUACCUCAUCGAGCUAGAAGCAGUACGUCCUGGCGGACGAGAUGCUUCUUACUACCACCCGCCAAGCCGUUCGCACGUUGGACACUUGAAGCAACUAAACAAGCUUCUGUGGUCAUUAAUCCCUGCAGGUGGAUCAUGGGGCCAUCACUAUGCUGGAUCUGAACCUCCGGAGGAUGGUUCUAUUCAGGAUGCUUCCGAUAUUAUUUACAGGCUCAUGAACUGGGCUAGCGUCACCAUGGAAGUUAUAGAUGAGUGUAGCAGAUGGACUUCGAUGAUGAAUUCAAGCUGGGUUGGAGAUCUUACUGGAGCAAGUAUUCCGGCGGAGUGGGCUGCUCGCUAUGAACUGUUUGAAGAAAACAUCACCGCCGGACUCAACGCCGAGAUUACAAGUCUUGACGUUACUUUGCUGAUAUUGGACUUAUUCUCGAAGAGCUAA